AUGGUCGAGUGGGACGUCUCCUUACUCCCCGGGACGUUGGAAUUACCUCCUCCUGGCAUCAACUACAUUGCUAUUGUCCAACCGACUCUGACAAGCAUUCUCAUCGUGCAUUCCUUUACGGCCAUGCUCGUACCCCUCCUGAUUGCCCUGAUGUACCUAUCCACUCUGCGAGGACGUCGCAAGCCAAUAUUCAUAUUGAAUAUUAUCACUAUAUCUUUGGCUUUCACCACCGGUGUGCUACUAGACUACCGUGGGAUCCGCACCAUUCUAUCUCCUGACAACCCCCCAGGGAUGGCUUAUGAUCUCGUCGUGGGCGUCUUUGGCUCCGGUCAAUACAUUUUAAUCGACGCUAUCAUUCUCCUUCGUUCGCUGGCCGUUUAUCCUCCUGCAUACAUAGGCAUGAGGAGAUGGGUAGCACUCAUUACGCUAUCUGUCCUCCCGAAGAUCGCGCGCGUAAUUAAUCUCUUUGUUUUUAUCAGCGUCCUUGUCGAUGUUACUAGGAACCCAGUGACUGCGAGUCUCUGGGUAUCUCAGAUGUGGUUACAAGCACCCUACCCGAAGGUUGAAUCGUGA